AUGGCUACUCUUACCGCUGAGGCGCGCCUCGCCCUGAUCCGCGAGAACCUCGCCGAGCUUCUCAACCCCGAAAUCAUCGAGAAGAUCCUCACGGAGGGCGGCAAUCCCAAAAUCUACUGGGGCACUGCGACAACGGGUCGGCCACAUGCUGGAUACAUGGUCCCAGCCAUCAAGAUUGCCCAACUCCUCGCCGCUGGGUGCGAGGUCACGGUCCUCCUCGCCGAUAUUCACGGUUUCCUCGACAACCUCAAAGCCCCCAUUGAGCUAGUCGAAUCGCGCGCGCAAUUCUACCGGUUCUGCAUCACAGCCCUGCUUAAGGCCAUGGGCGUGUCGGUGGACAAGCUCAGGUUCGUGCUAGGGUCGAGCUACCAGAAGAGCGCGGAGUACGUCAUGGACCUGUACAAGAUCAGCUCGCUGAUCAGCGAGAACGACGCCAAGAGGGCCGGUGCUGAGAUUGUCAAGCAGAGUGACAAUGCGCCGCUGUCGGGGCUGCUGUACCCGGCGCUGCAGGUGUUGGACGAGCAGUACCUCGACGUGGACGCGCAGUUUGGAGGCAUGGACCAGAGGAAGCUGUUUGUCGCCGCGACCGAGUGGCUGCCCAAGCUCGGUUACAAGCAGCGCGCGCACCUGAUCAACCCCAUGGUCCCCGGGUUGCAGGGCAGCAAGAUGAGCUCCAGCGACGAGAACAGCAAGAUUGAUCUGCUCGACUCGCCCGAGACCAUCACCAAGAAGGUCAAGAAGGCGGUGGCGGCCCCCAAGGAGGUCGAGGGCAACGGCGUGCUGGCACUGAUUGAGUAUGUCAUCCUGCCGGCAGCCGAGCUGCGGGGCGGCAAGAGGCAGGUGGUGAUCGACCGGUCGAGAGAUGGGCUAGAGCCGUUGACGUACACCAACAUUAAGGAUAUCCAGGAUGACUACGCCAAGGAUAUUUUGACACCUCAGCUCAUCAAGCCCGUUGUCACCAACGGCCUCAUUGAGAUCAUGACGUCCAUCCAGGCGGACUACCAAGCUUCCAAAGAAUGGCAGGAGAUCACGCUUAAGGCCUACCCGCCUCCCGUGGCGGCGCCCAAAAAGGAGAAGAAGAAGAAGGGCAAGGGAUCGAUGCACCCGGGCAAGAAGCCCGAGGCGGCUGCCGAUGCGCCUGAGGAAUCACGGAAAGAUGGCGAGACAGAGAUACCUGUGCGAUGA